UCGCGGUAGCCAAGCCAGCCAGCCCGCCCUCACGCGCGCUGCUACAGUGUGACUCGCAUAGGCAGCCAUGGGACGCCGUACGCACGUCGUCCAAGCUGCCCCAGCGGCGGCGCUUCUUCUCGUCUUCGUCCAGCUGCUCGCGUCGUGGUCAUCCUUCGCCGUUGCCACCGACCCGCCCUUCUCCUGCGGCGGGCCGUCCACCGCGCCGUUCUGCGACCGGAAGCUGCCGAUCGAUCAGCGCGCCGGGGACCUAGUGUCGAAGCUGACGCUGGAGGAGAAGAUCUCGCAGCUCGGCGACGAGUCGCCCGCCGUGGCCCGGCUGGGCGUGCCGGCGUACAAGUGGUGGUCGGAGGCACUGCACGGCGUUGCCAACGCCGGCCGCGGCAUCCACCUCGACGGCCCGCUCCGCGCUGCCACCAGCUUCCCGCAGGUCAUCCUCACCGCUGCGUCCUUCAACCCGCAUCUCUGGUACCGCAUCGGCCAGGUGAUCGGGACGGAGGCGCGGGGCGUCUACAACAAUGGUCAGGCGGAGGGACUCACCUUCUGGGCUCCCAACAUCAACGUGUUCCGUGACCCGAGAUGGGGCAGGGGCCAGGAGACCCCCGGCGAGGACCCGACGAUGACCGGCAAGUACGCCGCCGUGUUUGUCCGCGGCGUCCAGGGCUACGGCAUCUCCGGCGCCAUCAACUCAUCCGAUCUAGAGGCCUCCGCCUGCUGCAAGCACUUCACCGCCUACGACCUCGAGAACUGGAAGGGCGUCACGCGCUUCGCUUUCGACGCCAAGGUGACAGCGCAGGAUCUGGCGGACACCUACAACCCACCCUUCAAGAGCUGCGUCGAGGACGGUGGCGCCAGUGGCAUCAUGUGCUCCUACAACCGCGUCAACGGCGUUCCCACCUGCGCCGAUCAGAACCUACUGACCAAAACCGCGAGAGGGGACUGGGGGUUUAACGGAUACAUCACUUCGGACUGUGACGCCGUGGCCAUCAUCCAUGACGUCCAGGGAUAUGCCAAAGAGCCGGAGGAUGCAGUUGCAGAUGUGCUCAAGGCCGGAAUGGACGUGAACUGCGGCGGCUACGUGCAGACGCACGGCCUGUCUGCGAUCCAGCAAGGUAAGAUCACAGAGAAGGACAUCGACAGAGCCCUACACAACCUCUUCACCAUCAGGAUGAGGUUGGGCCUCUUCAACGGCGACCCCAAAUACAACCGGUACGGCAACAUCGGCGCCGACCAGGUGUGCAAGCAGGAGCACCAGAACCUGGCUCUUCAGGCCGCGCAAGACGGCAUCGUCCUGCUCAAGAACGACGGCGGCGCCCUGCCCCUGUCCAAGACCAAGGUCUCGUCCAUCGCCGUCAUCGGACACAACGGGAACAACGCGACGUUGCUGCUCGGAAACUACUUUGGCCCGCCGUGCAUCUCCGUCACGCCGCUCCAGGCGAUCCAGGGGUACGUCAAAGACGCCAGGUUCGUCGCCGGGUGCAACGCCGCCGUCUGCAACGUGUCCAACAUCGGCGAGGCGGUGCAUGUGGCGAGCUCGGCAGACUACGUGGUCUUGUUCAUGGGGCUGGAUCAGGAUCAGGAGAGGGAGGAGGUCGAUCGGCUGGAGCUGGGGCUCCCGGGGAUGCAGGAGAAGCUCAUCAACAGCGUCGCUGAGGCGGCGAAGAAGCCGGUGAUCUUGGUGCUGCUUUGCGGUGGCCCCGUGGAUGUGACCUUCGCCAAGAACAAUCCCAAGAUUGGCGCCAUCGUCUGGGCUGGGUACCCCGGCCAGGCUGGGGGCAUCGCCAUUGCCCAGGUCCUCUUCGGCGAGCACAACCCCGGUGGGAGGCUGCCUGUGACAUGGUACCCGAAGGAGUUCACGGCGGUGCCGAUGACGGACAUGCGGAUGCGCGCCGACCCGGCAACGGGCUACCCUGGGCGCACCUACAGGUUCUACAAAGGCAAGACCGUGUACAGCUUCGGCUACGGUCUCAGCUACUCAAAGUACUCCCACAGUUUCGUGUCCAAGGGCACAAAGCCACCAUCCAUGACCGGCAUCGACGGCCUAAAGGCGAUUGAGUCGGCGGCGGGCACCGUGAGCUACGACGUGGAGGAGAUCGGCGCGGAGGCCUGUGACAAGCUCAAGUUCCCGGCGCUGGUGAGUGUGCAGAACCAGGGGACCAUGGACGGCAGGCACCCGGUGCUGCUCUUCCUGCGGUGGCCGAACGCGACGGACGGGCGGCCGGCGAGCCAGCUGAUCGGGUUCCAGAGCGUGCACCUAAGGGCGGCGCAGACGGCGCACGUGGAGUUCGAGGUGAGCCCAUGCAAGCACUUCAGCCGGGCGGCGAAAGACGGCAGGAAGGUGAUCGACCAGGGAUCGCACUUCGUCGGGGUCGGCGAGGACGAGUUCGAGAUGAGCUUCAUGGCUUGAGUUUAUCUACAUGCAUGCUUGUGUGUUCACGCGAUGAGGCUUUUAGUCGACCGAAGUUAAGUUAUCUCACGGUUUUACGCUAUAGUGUAACCCACUCGAAAAUGAGAAAAAUCUCACUUACAUACAA